GGAUCCAGGAAAGCCUAACUGGAAGCGUGUCAUAAAAACUGAUAUGCCUUUCUGGAGCCAAGAAGACAUGGCCAGAGAAAUAGGCUUUCUCAACGCCAGGACCGGGAACGUCCAAACCAAAAUAAACUCCCUUGGACCAGUGAUUCAACGCCAUAUCGACAAAACAUUGGAACGCAUAAAUGGAGCCGACCCUGACCGUAGUAAUUUCCAAUGGACCGUUGCGCAGAUGGACCAUCAGCUUCUCAGGAUCGAGCCACGAUCAAUCUCAUUAAAACAUUCAAAAGUAGCGCAAAACUCCAAAUCGAAGGGAACGACAUUCGAAAGAGUUGCGGUCAUAGCCUUUUUCAUCCGUGAACCUCGACCAGGGGUCGACACACAGGAACUGUGGAACAACUUGAACGCCAGGAGGAUGCCAGAGCAGUCCCUGAUGUCAGGGGCUCUGGCGCAACCAUCGCACAUGUUGUCCAACUAUCCAGCACAAGCGAACACGUCGGAACCUAGACGCCGACUGAACCUAAUGAGGUCCAUGGCGCAUCUGAGACCGACUGAAGCAACCCGUUUCACCUCUGCUGCCAGAAAUUUUCGAGUUGACGGCUUGAUCAACGGCGUCCCCAUCGAAGCAAAUGCCGACACUGGUUCAGGGUUUAACGCCAUAUCUAAAAGGUUGGCAACAUCAAUGAACCUGACGCUCGAGCAUGGUACGGCUAGACAUGUGACACUGCCAUCAGGGAGGCAGAUGUACUCACCAGGAAGGAUCACCACACAGUUCAGUUUCCUCGGCGAAAAGAAGGUUUAUAUGCUUUCGUGCCUGGUUUUGCCUAUGGCAGAGGACUCGCUACUCCUCGGGUCAAGAUUUCUCAGGCUGACGGAAACAUUCUCUAAAUUCAAGAAUCGGCUCAAGCGGAUCUACUCACAUGACGGAAGACUCUCAUUGAACCUCCUAGGCGAUGAACAUGACUUCGUGUCUGGCUACUUGAACGAGUCUCAGUGCUUGGCUAUUCCCGACACUGGGUCAGACAUCAUGGUAAUCUCCGGGGCGUAUGCACAGGAAUGCGGUCUGCAAAUCCAAAGGGGAGCUCGCCAUAAAAAUUUGAUCCGGUUGAUCGAUGGGUCCGAACAACUCACGGACGGAAUCGUGAAUGACUUGGAAUGGAGGUUCAUAUGGUCCGAGACGCCCAUCAAGUGCGACUUUCACGUCAUUGACGAGCUCCCAGUCAAUGUCAUUCUCAGCAGUGCCUUAGUAGAUGAACGGGAUGUCUUCGCGAAGUAUGAUGUUUGUUUCGUUGAGCACGAUUUCAUCGACGGUGAGGCUGGUAUCUACGGCAUCUCGUUAGUGGACUGGAAAAAGCGCGAAGACAUCCGGCGCCUCGAGGACCUGUAUGCCGAAGACACAAAUUCCGCUGAGCCCUUCUCCCCUGGGAUGAUUGAGCGGGAACGAGCCCGUCGCGACGAGAUCCGUGAUCGCAUUGCCAAGCUUCCGCCCGCAAUCCAGCCGCUGGAUCAAGACAAAGAAGAUCUAAGACAGCGCAGCUGGGAAACCCAGUUCCAAGCGUUCCGUGAGGGGCAACAAACAGCCCUUGCCACAUAUGGACCCAACAUGCUAGGGGCAGGGGGGUACAGAGGCCCGCCACAGAUCAUGGCCCCGCCGGGCAUCAAGUCAACGACAGCCACAAGAGGUCACGAAGACGAAAACGGAAACGGAACGUCCGAUGUUGACAACCAGAAAAGGCGCUUCAAAAACAGAAUGUCCCUUCAGAAUCUGAGGCGUCCGCCCUGUCAUGCCUCUAGCAGCGUCGGCCAAGUUGAAAUCGAGCAACCCCGAAGCUUGGGACGAUCCGCCAGUCGCCUCAGUGGUAACCUGGAGCAGCUUCGACUCGAACGCCCCCAAAUAUCUGGGUCUCGAAAUCAGAAGACAACCCAAUAUCACUCUAUUCCUCGGCGACAAACCUACCUGACACCGCAGACCGAGGCGGCCGAGGAAAGUCACGGGAGCGCCGAAUUUUGAAAUCAUUUUCGUCGAUAUCAGACUCGUGGGGAAUUAUGAAUGGGAU